AUGGUCCUCGUCAUCGGAAUAUUCGUUAUUGGCGCCUCUUCCACUGGAAAGACAACGUUAUGCCAGGCUCUGGAAAGAGAGCUUAAACAAAAAGGGUUCUAUGUGAUGCAUAUAUCCGAAGUAGCUCGGAGCGUCAUGCGAAAGCAUGGGUUUACGAGAGAGGACGUUGGGACUCUGUCCAUGCAGAGAACGAUUAUGCAAGAACAAAUCUUAGAAGAAAACAAGAGGUUAAUUUCUAUUGAAAACCUGAAGUUGCAAUCAAAAGACGAACCUAGUUUGCCAUGUGUGUUACUCUGCGACCGCACGGCAAUCGACCCCCUGGUCUAUGCAACCAUGAAAUUAGAUCAGGAUUCGGUUCAGAAAAUGGUCCAGGACCCACUGUUUCAAGA